GCUCGUCGCGAUUAUUCCCCAUCUCAUUCGGAUCACUACAAGCUACAUGUCGAUAUAGAUCACCGUGCGUCAAUGUCUUUAGUACUGGAGAGAUUAAUUCCUCCAUUACCUAGAGUAGAACGUGGCAAACCUGUUGCUCUGGACGCUGAUCCAAACGGCCUCCAUCUUCUCUAUGUUUCCGGUAAUAGCGUAGUUCUCCGAAACCUCAAGGACCUUAAUAAAAGUGACAUGUAUACCGAACACUCCGGGACAGUGAACGUGGCUAGAUAUUCCCCGAGUGGAUUUUACAUUGCUUCUGCCGAUAGGUUUGGAAAAGUGAGAAUAUGGGACACCAUAAAUGCGGAGCAUAUACUAAAGAAUGAAUUUCAGCCUUUCAGUGGCCCAAUCUGCGAUCUGGCUUGGACUUUUGAUAACCAACGCAUAAUUGUUGGAGGAACUGGCCAAUCACAGUUCGGUGCUGUCUUCAAUUCGGAAACAGGUGCAUCUGCGGGCGUCAUAAUGGGGAUGAGCAAAAACAUCAAUUCAGUGGACUUUCGGCCCGUUCGUCCAUUUCGUGCUAUCACCGGAAACGACGAAGGACUGGUUAACUAUUUUGAGGGCCCACCGUUUACUUUCAAACACUUACACAAAAGUCACUCCGCCUUCGUUAACGUUGUUCGAUUCUGCCCCAGUGGGGACUUUUUCGUCUCGGCCGGGUCGGAUGGAAAGAUUUUUGCCUACGACGGCCAGGAUGGAUCGUUAAUCGGUGAAGUUGGCGACCAAGCACACGCCGGUGGCAUUUAUGGGGUUUGUUUUUCAAAGGAUGGUUCUCGUAUGAUCUCUGCCUCUGCGGAUAAAUCUUUGAAGUUAUGGGAAGUCACCGGGAAGCAGAUGGUCUUCGUAUCUCAGUACACUUUCGACAACGUGCUCGGCAAUAUGUUGUUAGGUUGUUGCUGGGUCAAGGAUACGCUUGUUGUGGCAAGUCUCAGUGGCUCCAUCCAUCUCUUCGAUGCACCUCCCAGUAUCACGCACUUAUCCUCACCGCGAACGGUUCUGAGAGGACACGCAUCCUUCAUCACUUGUGGUGCCUACAGCCAUGAGCACAAAUGCUUGGUCACUGCGUCCUCCGAUUCCACCGUGGCAAAGUGGGAUAUCGCGUGGUGCCGCGCUGAUGUGUUCUCCGGCGAACACGCUCACAAAGCUCAUGUGCAGAGCAUGGCUUUGACUAAUACUGACCUUUUGGUCACGGUGGGAUUCGACGACCGAUGCGUACUGUCUGACAUUUAUACUUCUACAUACAUCUCCUCUCUGCAGCUUCCCUCCCAACCUCGUUGUGUGGGCGUGUUUGCAACCCAUAUGCUAGUAUUCAUUGGGUGUGACCAACAUUUGGUUCUGGCAAACAUCACAGACAAAGCACUUUGUCCAUUGGAUCAGCAGACUCUGACAUCCAGUGCACGUGCCUUAACCGUCUCACCUUCCUCUGGUACCGUCCUACUGUGUUGUGAGAAUGACCAAUUCUUAGUGUACAAAACCUGUCGUGGCGUACUGUUAAAACUAAACGUGGCGUAUCCGGCGUCCAACCACCCAUUGUUUGGCAUGUUCUCCCCAGAUGGGUCUAUGGUGGCGUUUGCUGCGGCCGACCGUUCCAUUUCCGUCUAUAUGGUACAGGACAAUGAAGAUCCAGAACAAGAGCCCAUUUUUACUCCCGCGUGUUCAGAAUUGUGGCAAAGGCAUUCGGCGCGGAUCACUGCUCUUGGAUGGAGCCCUAAUAGUAGGCGAAUUGCCACCGGAUCUUUGGAUACUUGUCUUAUAGUUUGGUCGCUUGAUAAUCCGAAAUGCUCAAUCCAACUUCGUGGUGCUCACCCAAUGAGCAACAGCACUUCGAUCUCGUGGACUUCCGAUUCGCAUUUGGCUAGCACCGCAUUGGACGGGAGCAUCCGCUGCUGGAAAGUCUCCGACUCAUAAUCUCCGACCGCCUCCCUUCAUCCCUUGUUUGUUUCACCGGUACACAUUGAUUUACUGCACUAAAUUUGCGACAACUGCUUAUUUGACCAAUUGCUCUUUUGAAUACUAUCACUUGCUAAAUUUAUAUACAUCAUUGCUGCCCCGAUUUGGUGUUUACUCCUCUGGUUUUGUGUUUUAUUUUCUCACUGCGCCCACACAAUCCUGUGCUUUCCACUACAGCGUACACUCCUCGCUUCUAAACUGUAUAUCGUGAACUCAUUAAUGUGAGCCACUUAGAGCGCACCAGCACGUGGUGAAUGUACUACAACUGGCGUUUCUAUCUGAUUCAUUUAUCUAAAAUCGUUUCUUCCUAUACUC